AUGGUCGCCUCCCCCGAGACCAUCGAGGCCAUGACGCCUCCUGGCUACACUUUCCCCGACCACCGCCUCCGCCUGCAGCAGUCCGAGCCCGACCGCGAGCCCCUCGUCCUCGUCGCUCCGGGCUCCUACAGCCCCAUCACCUUCCUCCACCUUCGCAUGGCCGUCAUGGCCGCCGACUACGUCCGCUACAACACGAACUUUGAGCUUAUCGGCUCCUACAUGUCCCCCGUCUCCGACGCCUACAAGAAGCGCGGCCUGGCCCCCGCCUGCCACCGCCGCCGCAUGUGCGAGAUCGCCGCCGAGCAGACCUCGCGCUUCCUCAUGGUCGACCCCUGGGAGGCCGAGCAGACCGCCUACGUGCCCACCGCCGUCGUCCUCGACCACUUCGAGUACGAGAUCAACGUCAAGCGCGGCGGCUGCAACGGCAAGCGCGUCAAGAUCGCCGUGCUCGCCGGCGCAGAUCUGAUCAACACCAUGAGCCAGCCGGGCGUCUGGUCGCCCUCUGAUCUGCGCCACAUCCUUGGCGACUUUGGCGCCUUCGUGCUCGAGAGGGCCGGCGUUAACAUCGACGAGGCCCUCGGCAACCUGAAGGAGUAUGAGGACCAGAUUUACUACAUCCCGCAAGUCGUCCCCAACGACGUGUCGAGCACCAAGAUUCGCUUGCUGUUGAGGAGAAAUAUGAGCAUUGACUACCUCAUCCCUGCCGAAGUCAUCAAGUACAUUGACGAGCACGGUCUUUAUCACGAGGACGACGCCGCAACAAAUGAGAAGGGAAAGGAGAAGGAGGUGCAAUAA